AUGGAUUCGGCUCCCCGUCCCAACGCCCUCAAGUCGAUGGGCCAUAGGCUGUCACUGACCAAACUAAGAAGAGCGUUGAGUGGCAGGAAAAAGAAGCUUCAGGAGAUCCAGGAACCCGACGAACCCUACCAGACAACACCAACAACAACCAAACCAGAGGAGGGGCAAGAAGAAGAAGAAGAAGACGACGACGACGAUAUGAACGAAGGAAACACUGUCAUCGGCCUGCUGGGUGGAGGGCAGUUGGGCCGCAUGCUUUGUGAGGCCGCGAACCCCCUGGGAAUCGACAUUGCCAUUUUGGACGAACACAAUGCGCCGGCCAAGCAGGCGCACAACACCAACCGCCACGUUGUUGGCUCUUUCAAGGACCCCGGGUGCAUCAAAGAGCUCGCUGCCCGCUCUGACUAUCUCUCAGUUGAGAUUGAGCACGUCGACACCGAGGUGCUCGAGGACAUUGAGAAGAAUGGCGUCCCCGUUGAGAUCAACGGUGAGGUUGUUACUCACAGACCACCAAUUCACCCAUCAUGGAGAACUCUCCGUCUCAUCCAGGACAAGUAUCUCCAAAAGGAGCACUUCAAGUCCAGCGGCAAGACGAUCCCUAUUGCUGAGCAAAUAGCCAUCGAGUCUGGCGAUGCCGCCCUUGACUCGCUCAAAAAGGCUGGCAAGCAGUUUGGUUUCCCAUUCAUGCUCAAGGCUCGCAAGGGGAGUUAUGAUGGAAGAGGAAACUUCAAGGUCGACAGCGAGGAUGAUUUUGCGGAAGCGAUCAAGGCUCUGGGAACACUGCCUCUUUAUGCCGAGAAGUGGGCUCCCUUCGUCAAGGAGCUCGCUGUUAUGGUCAUCAGGACAGAGGACAGCGACGGCAAGCUCAAGAACUGUGUCGCCUACCCGGCAGUUGAGACCAUUCACGAGGAUAGCAUUUGCACCAAGGUGUUCAUGCCCCCAAGAGACGUCUCUGAGGAUAUCUGUGAGAAGGCGAGGAAACUUGCUACCGAGGUUAUCAGCACAUUGUGGGGGAGGGGUGUCUUUGCCGUAGAGAUGUUCCUCCUCGAGGAUGCUUCUCUCAUGAUCAACGAGGUUGCUCCUCGCCCUCACAACUCUGGCCACUACACUAUCGAGGCAGUCCCUUACAUGUCCCAGUACAAGGCUCAGCUCCACGCUGUUCUUGAUCUCCCGGUCCCGGACAAGCUCAUCCCCAGAGUCCAGUCCUCCAUCAUGCUGAACAUUCUCGGUGGAGCCAAGCCAGACUCUCACCACCACCUCUCCGGUCUGGCGCGGAGCACAUACGACGACGACAUGGACGUCUAUCUCCACCUAUACAACAAGGAGUCCAAGCCUAGUCGUAAGAUCGGUCACAUCACCCUCACCGGAUUCUGCUCAGUCCAGGAGCUCGAGGCCAAGGCGAAGCCCUUUAUCGAUCUCGUCGACCAAAUCAGACUUGACCGCCUCGAGGCCACCUCGGAAACUCUCCGUCCUACCCAGGAGACUAACGGCUCGGCCAAGCCUGCGGAAAAAGCCCCCGUAGAACCUGCUACCGAUAACCACGUUGAGGCCCAAGAGCUGUCUGCUGAGGCAGCCUCCAGUGACAAGCCCCUGGUCCUGGUAACAAUGGGCUCCGACUCUGACCUCCCCGUCCUCAAAGCUGGCUUGGACAUCCUGAAGGAGUUCAACGUCCCCUAUGCUCUGGAUAUCACCUCGGCCCACCGCACACCAAAGUACAUGAUGAAGGUGGCCGACGAGGCGGCUGGCAAGGGCAUCAAGGUGAUUAUCGCUGCUGCCGGUGGAGCGGCUCACUUGCCGGGUAUGAUCUCUUCUGAGACGCCGCUGCCGGUGAUUGGUGUGCCGGUCAAGGCUACGCACUUGGAUGGGAUUGAUAGUUUGUUGAGUAUUGUGCAGAUGCCGAGAGGCGUCCCUACUGCUACGGUGGGUAUCAACAACUCGACUAAUGCUGCGCUGUUGGCGAUCAGGAUCUUGGGGGCGUUUGUGCCAGAGUAUCAGCAGGCUAUGAAGAAAUAUCAGGUUGAUAUGGAGGAGGCGGUGAUUGUGAAGGGGACUAAGUUGAGGGAGGGGGGGGAUGCGGCUUAUCUGGCGGGGAUGAAGAAAUAG